AUGGAUCCACAGACUGGACGAAAGCGAAGACUCGAAGAGGUGGAACAGGAUGCAAGUGAAGACGCUCCAAUCAAGUCGGUUUCAAAGGCGGGAAAGAGUGGCCAAGAGGACUUUGAAACUGCCACAGUGGAGACAAGAAACAGGGAUGAGGCGGAUCUCCUUUCGGCACUCUCGACAGGUUCUCCUGGAUUUCGUCUAGAGGCUAUUUUCUUGCCCAAGUUUGAAAACGAGAAUCGAAGCGAUCAGACCAUACGUCAAUCCAUGAUGGACUUGGUAGCAUCCGAUCAAGGCUACGCCGAAGUGACUCUGAAACAUUCGGGAUCGUUGCUGCUUUGGAGUGGCGGGCAGAGAUUCUACAGCAAAAAUUCUACCAACAAUCCAUUCACAUUUUCGGGAGAAAUUCUAUUGCGACAACACUUUUUUCGCGUCCAACAAGCCUUGAAGAAGAAGGAUGGUGAAGAUCAUAUCAUGUCUGAUGAUGAUGUCAAACCGGAGAGUGGUAACACAGAAUCACUGUUCCAUAAAUGUAGUGACUAUGUGGAACAGCAUCGAUUGACUCUAUCAUUUGAAGUUGUUACUACAGUGUUGGGAGACCAUGGAGCCACUCCUCAACGAGAUUACUUGAUCUUGACGGCAGUGGCAGAUAGAUCCAGGCUUGGUCAACACUUCUUCUCGACUCUGGAAUUGCUACAACUUGCUCAAAAAUUCUACUUGCCACACAACGAUGCUUGGGUAUUCUCUUCCAAGGAAUCUAUCCAAAAACUGUUUCAGUACUACGACCAGUCGCGGGAAACAGGCCUCGCCAGUACUGCCGUGGAGGCAUUGUCGCAAGCCGCCAACGCCAACAUUCAAAGCAUGUACCCUCAUGAAGUUUGUCACAGCAACAUACUCGAGGGAUUCGUCAUUCGCUAUGUCGCAUUUUCCGAAACCAAAGAGGAAUGCUUGGAGGCGUUGCAAAAGGUCGCGGAAACGUCCAGAAGGAUCCUACGACAGAUUCCAACGGAGUUUCCGUCCGGCUCAAUGACAGACAACAAUGACAAUGUACCCACCCGAGUCCUGAUGGUGGACUUGAGAGCGUUGCACACGAAGAAUGGACAGUCCGCCAAGAGAUUUGAGGAGGACUUAUGCAGUGUUCUGAGAGAGAGUGGUCCAAGAUCGAUCGUUAAGAACAUUACAUCUGACGCUCUGCAAAGUGCGCUUACCACUUACUGCAACAACUUACGGAAUGCACCAUCACCGAAACAGAACAUGGAAAGCAACGACAUUGCAAAGUUGAUUCAAACCUUGUCAACGUUUGGUAUGCGAAUCCAGUAUUCUGUUUUCUCAGAGUUGGAACCGACCACCAAUGCUGCUGACGAGUCUCAAUCGCGUCGUCGAUGGCUCUGCAUGAUUCACGUGUACCAAGAUCGGACCUUUCAAAAGUACAGAAAGGAACAAAAGAAGAACCCACAAGAGAUUGCAAUGGAUCUAUUUCGAGGCUUUUGUAUUGAGAUUUGUUCUCCAAUUACGAAACAAGAACCUAGCCAACAGAAACGGACCGACGCCACCGUGAGCGCAACAACAACACAAACAACUGCUGACAAUGAAAUCAAACGAGAUGCUGCCAACGAGCUGAUUCUAAAAAUGAAGUUCAUUCCCUACAUGGUCCGAACGUUUGGCUGUCGCAAUGGCAUUCGCUUCCUGAAACAAAGAAACACACAGGAAUUCAAGGAUUACGCCAGUGACUUGCUCACAGAUAAGUGGCAAGUGUCGUUGCCAACGAUCGAAAAGUGGCUCCCGUAUCUACAUUCAUGGGGUGACUACGUCCACGCCAACUUUUCCGGAAGCGAGUGGUCCUUGGGCACAACAUUGUCGUCGCCACGGCUCCAAGAAGAAAACUACCUACAACACCUGAUGCACUUUGAACAGGCCUACUACCACCAGCAACAACAAUCUUCGACAACGACUGGCGCGACACCGUCGAAGCAACAGGAACCAUCAGGCAAGAAAUUCAAGGGCCUGGUGGUUGUUCUAGCUGUUGAGGAUGAAAUCGCCACGAAAGCAGCCAAGUCGAUUGCAUCUGUUUGGUUGAAUGGCACUCAGCUGCUGGAAGGCGGCACUGACUCUAUCAGUCGUGAAAGCCUCCUAAGAUACUGCACAAGUAUCGGAGGUCGGGUCUGCUGGGGGACGUUGGCUGGUGAGAAGGCAAAAACGAUUCGUAAUCUGCCGGAAUCGGAAAAGAAGAAUGUUGCCUUGAUCCUAGUUGGCUGCAGCGACAAGGAGAUUGAAUCCCAUUUUGCGGCAGUGUCGACAGAUCAAAGAAAGUUCAAGGGAAUAAGCAAGUCGUGGCGGAAGACUCGAUGCGGAGUUGCAAUUGAAUUAGCAAGCUCCUUCCUUGGUUCUCCUGAGAACAACGAGGAGUCCAUCGCGGAGGCACGACGCAAGCUGUGGGACGUUUCCGACAGUAUUGGUGACGUGGAUGAGAGAAGCGGUCUUCUAGUUUUCUUUCCGGCGUCAGUUCCGGGCUGUGGCAAAUCAACCUUGCUGGCGCCUGACACUGUCAAGAAAUUGGAAGACACCGUUGCUGGCAUUGUGAAGUCACAGACCGGGAUGAAGACGAGGAAACUUGUUGUGAUGUCUGGUGACAAGCAGCAAAAGAAGGUAAAGUUUUGGCCUUCGGUCAUCCAACACCGACUUCAAGGUACCUCUGCUAUUACUCUGGCAGACAAGAAUGUUCCCAAACCUACAUGGGAUCAGGUCGCACAAAUUUGUGCCUCGACAAACGCGAGAGGAGUGCCUGUGAUCCCAGAUCGCCAUGGCGUUUUCGAGACAACUUGGGUAGAAGGUUCUCGGACACCAGAGCGACCGGACACGACGGUGGAUGCAAAGCACCACUACCCCUUUACUCUAGCCUAUCUCGCAGUUUGCUUGACUCGCAUCAUGGACCGAGAUGACGGAAGCCAUCCUGGGAAGCUUGACCCAAGCCAAAAACAUGCCUGCAUGGUCGUUGUCAAGUUCUUUGCCUUUUUCCGUGGUGUUGAAUCUGAUGACUUCGUAGACCGACUCAACCGGACGAUGGCCAAAGCAGGAGCCUUGAGUAGGCCCGUUACGGUUCCAUUCUUUGAUCGGCGAAAGUCAAUAGAGCUGCCACAGGAAAUGAAAGGUAUCCUGCUGGAAGCUCUGCAAGCCCAGUUUGGAUGGGAUUCCAAGCGAGCCGACGUGGAGAAAUCAAGUGGCAACGGGUAUAUUGAAGGAUUGGAGUCGAGACUACGUGCAGCUGUAGCGAAGAACCGAGACCUGUUGCACAGCUUAUGUGUUGAGCAGACAGUCUCUUGUCAACAGUUUGUCUCGCAGGUAUCCGCACGAUUGGUUGAUGUAGACGAAGCUGCACUAUCGUUUGUCAAGAUUGUGUCUAUUGAUGUCAGUCGGGACGCAAUAGACUCUGUCAUCCAGGAAAUACUCAGCUCCAACGACACAGCAGAAGGACCCAACUUCAAUGAUGGUGAAAAAGUGAGGAAUGUUCAUGUCACAAUGGCACACUACACUCAACUAACGCAAGAGCUUAUCAACCAGAACUUCCAGCCCUUAUUGGGCAAAGAUGUUGAGGUCUUCGUCACGGGAAUGUUGUGGAACGAACGGAUCGCAGCUCUAUCAGUCCGUGUAGCGGCAAAAUCGCUGGUUGGAGCUAGUAUGCCGGAACCAUUGAACUCCUUCCCGCAUAUUACAAUUUGGCACGGCAUCGGUGUACCGCCAUCAGAAUCAAACAAGCUCCCAACUCAUUUCGCCGCAGGAUUGGCUCAAAAGAAGUUACUAGAAAGGGAAAUCACCUUGAAGGGCUCACUUUCCUUUUGGGGCAUUGACCAGUCCUGA